AUGUCUUCAAAACUCAUCCCCCAAAACCCGGCAGACGUCAUGGUCAUCCGCGACCUUACCCCCAACAUCACAACCUUCUCCGUCCCCUUCUCCCGCUUCGGCACCCUCAAAAUCGGCGGCCGCGCAACCUUAGUCCGCCUCACCUCCGGCUCCCUCGCCGUCUUCAGUCCCGUCGCCCUCACCGACGCGGUGAAGGCCAAAAUCGCCGAAAAGGGCGGCAACCUCGCCUACAUCAUCGCCCCCGACAUGGAGCACCACAUCUUCAUCUCCGAGUACAAGGCCGCCUACCCGCAGGCCAAGAUCAUCGGCCCCGACGGCCUGCCGCAGAAGCGCGCCAAGCAGACGGGCGACCCCAAGAUCAACACGUCGGACGAAUUCUUCGUCGUCUUCAAGGACGGCGCCGAGAAGCGGAGCACCACCAUCACCCCCGAGUUUGACGCCGAUUUCGAGUACGAGUACGUCGACGCCCACGCCAACAAGGAGCUCGUCUUCUACUUCAAGCCCGAGCGUGUCCUUAUCCAGGCGGAUUUGCUCUUCAACCUGCCCCCGCGGGAGCAGUACUCCAAGGCGCCCGAGGGCGAGCGCGACACCUCCUCCGGCUUCGGCAACAAGCUGUUUGGCGGCCUGCAGACUACCGAGGGCGACGUCAAGUGGGUGAAGCGCUUCCAGUGGCCGAGCUUCAACGAGAGCAUCCAGAGGAUCGAUGCGUGGGACUUUGAUACGCUCAUUCCCUGCCACGGAGACACCAUCCAGGGCGAUGGAAAGGAGAGAUUCAGAAAGGUGUUUGAGUGGCACCUGGCUGGUACCAAGAAAUAG